AACUCAAAACUGGUAUUAAAUCCAUCCCUACAAAAAGCCAGUUGUGUUAACGUGGAUGCGUCUUCUUCUUCUUCUUCUUCUUCUUGAUCUUCUUCUGCUCAAAGAAGACGGGAUUGAAAGAGCGUGAAAGAAACUAUGGUGGUCCGGAAGGUAGGGAAAUAUGAGGUGGGCAGGACGAUUGGAGAAGGGACGUUCGCCAAGGUCAAGUUCGCUCAGAACACAGAGACUGGUGAAAGCGUCGCCAUGAAAGUGAUAGAUCGCAGUACCAUCAUCAAGCACAAGAUGGUUGAUCAGAUCAAGAGGGAGAUAUCCAUAAUGAAGCUUGUUAGACAUCCAUAUGUUGUCCGUCUACGUGAGGUCCUUGCCAGCCGUACAAAGAUAUAUAUAAUCUUGGAGUUCAUUACAGGCGGUGAAUUGUUCGAUAAAAUAGUUCACCAUGGGCGAUUGAGUGAAAAUGAGUCACGAAGAUACUUUCAGCAGCUCAUUGAUGGUGUGGAUUAUUGCCACAGCAAGGGAGUUUACCACCGAGAUUUAAAGCCUGAAAAUCUUCUGCUGGAUUCCCAAGGAAAUCUGAAAAUUUCGGAUUUUGGCCUUAGUGCGUUUUCUGCCCAAGGAGUUAGCCUCCUUCGUACCACCUGUGGGACUCCCAACUAUGUCGCACCAGAGGUACUCAACCAUAAGGGUUAUGACGGUGCUGUAGCAGAUGUCUGGUCCUGUGGUGUUAUUCUUUAUGUUUUGAUGGCGGGAUAUCUCCCAUUUGAUGAGAUUGAUCUCACCACCCUUUAUAGUAAGAUAGAGAAAGCAGAAUUUUCUUGCCCAUCUUGGUUUUCAGUUGAGGCAAAAUCCUUGAUUCAUAGAAUUCUGGACCCAAUUACUGAAACUCGCAUUCACAUUGAAGAGAUCAGGAAUGAUGAAUGGUUUAGGAAGGGUUAUGUUCCUGUUAGACUUGUUGAGUAUGAGGAUGUUAACCUGGAUGAUGUAUAUGCUGUUUUUGAUGAUUCUGAGGAGCAGCAGGUUAAUGAAAAAUCUGGGAAGGAAGACAUGGGUCCUCUGAAUCUAAAUGCUUUUGAUCUAAUCAUUCUCUCUCAAGGGCUGAACCUGUCAGCAUUGCUUGACCGUCAACUGGACUGUGUGAAGCAUCAAAUGCGCUUUGUAUCCCAAAAACCAGCAAAAGUUGUUCUGUCAAGUAUGGAAGUUGUUGCACAAUCAAUGGGGUUCAAAACCCAUAUCCGUAAUUAUAAGAUGAGGGUAGAAGGUCUUUCAACGAAUAAGGGUUCGCAUUUCUCUGUUAUUUUGGAAAUUUUUGAAGUUGCUCCCUCAUUUUUCAUGGUGGACAUUCAUAAGGCAGCUGGAGAUGCAGUUGAAUUCCCUAAGUUCUACAAGAAAUUUUGUAGCAAGCUUGAGGAUAUAAUCUGGAAACCACCAAAUGAGACCAGCAAGUCGUGGAAAACCAAAUCAACGAAGCGCUAGUUUUGUUUCCUAUAACCUCUCUCUGCCCUCACGUGUAAAUAUAUGUUCAAUUGACCACAUUACCCGAUUGGCUGGUCAAUGCAAUGUAGCGACUCAGAGGUUGCAGCUUUUGUGUGCGGUAUAGCUAACCACAUAUUGGAUAUAUAAAACUCAUUUGUCAUAUUUUUCAUUGUAAGUGUUGUUUUGUUGUAAAAGGCCAUAGAUGAACUGAACUCAUCAAGAGAUGAAAUUUGAUUGAGUUCCUGAGUUGAAAUUUCAUCAGCUUCGGCAAGUUCAGCAAAUUGUUUUAGCUGAAAGCUUGUUACUGAGAUUUUGUUCCAUGUUUUAUGUCUU